CAAAGAUAAACACAACCAAUUAGCUAGCCAAAGCCAAAUAAUUCAGCAGAGAAAAGAGAGCAGAAAUCCAAAGCCAAAUGGCUUCGUCAUCUUCCUUCUGUCUCCUUGCUGCUCUUCUUGCCUUGCUCUCAUGGCAAGCCAUCGCCUCCGAUCCUAGCCCUCUACAGGACUUUUGUGUUGCCGACAUGCACUCUCCUGUACGUGUCAAUGGAUUUGCUUGCCUUAACCCAAUGGAUGUAAACGCGGAUCACUUCUUCAAGGCAGCCAUGCUCGACACUCCUAGAAAGACAAACAAAGUUGGAUCCAACGUCACCCUGAUCAACGUCAUGCAAAUCCCUGGUCUCAACACGCUCGGCGUCUCAAUUGCACGCAUUGACUACGCACCUUUGGGACAGAACCCACCGCAUACACACCCCCGUGCCACUGAGAUUCUCACGGUGCUUGAGGGAACACUUUAUGUUGGCUUCGUCACGUCUAACCCAAACAACACAUUGUUCACUAAGGAACUUAACAAGGGUGACGUGUUUGUCUUCCCUGAGGGGCUUAUCCACUUCCAAUUCAACCCUAACCCCCACCAGCCCGCGGUUGCAAUUGCUGCACUUAGCAGCCAAAAUCCAGGUGCCAUCACGAUUGCAAAUGCAGUGUUUGGAUCAAAGCCACCAAUCUCAGAUAAAGUUUUGGCAAAGGCAUUCCAGGUUGAGAAGGGCACCAUAGAUUGGCUCCAGGCUCAGUUCUGGGAGAACAACCACUAUUAAUGAUGCUACUAUGAAAGUUGUCUCCUUACGGAUUUAAUAUUAUAGUUUUACAUAUAAAAUGAAUAAGUGGUAUGCAUGUUUUCUGCUUCUUAUGCAUGUUGUAAGCUCUGAGUUUUUCUUUUUUAUCUUAUGUACUACAUGGAUGGUUUUUGUUAUGAAUAAAGGGAAUACACUAUGGUUCUCGUUAGAAAAAUGGAAUA